GUGAGAGAGAGAGAAGAUACUGCUUGAGAAUUGCUAGCAAAACAUUCUCCCCAGACGACCCGCAGACGACUGGCCAUCGGAAGAGGGACGCUGCCAAUUCAGCAUCACCUCUGAUUAUACAGAAAGAAGAAAACAGCUAUUAGAGGUUGACUUGAUCCUCCCAUCUGGGUGCUCCCUGAAGAGUCCAUUUGCCACUGAAGGAAGAAUUCCACAUCACCAGGAGCUCUACGGGGAAAUAUGGCAGAAGCUAUGGAGAGGUCUCAAUUCAAAAAGGAUGAUGGACGUGUCCGGCUUUCCCAUGAGCUCUCAGAGGGCGAGAAAGAAGCCACUGGGAACAGAAAGGCAAAAGUCCUGGAGUGCCUCAAGAGCCUUAACAGUGCCUGUGCUGAGGAUAACAUGCCCAAUAUCGCCGUGCUAGGAUCAGGCGGAGGUCUGCGGGCCAUGAUAGCCCUUCUGGGAACCUUGGUGGAGAUGAAGAAGCAGGGCCUGUUGGACACUGUCAUGUACCUGUGUGGGGUAUCGGGUUCCACCUGGUGCAUGUCUUUCCUCUACCAAGAGAAUGACUGGACAGAGAAAGUGCAGGUGUUGGAAGAACGUCUGUGUGAUACACUUUCCAAACCUCCAUGUGAUAUUCAAGAGGAAUUUACUAUUGCAACACAGGCGGCUGAAGAUGAACUCUUCUCUCUGACUGAUGUCUGGGCCUCUUUCUUUGUCUAUCCUACAUUGAAGCUGUAUGAUGAGACCAAAUUAUCUGAACAUGAUGAUUCCUCCAAAAAUGGGAAAAAUCCUUACCCCAUCUAUGCGGCAAUAGAAGCAAACCAAUUGGGUAAAGCAGGUGAAAACAGCCCAGGGACAUGGUUUGAAUUCACCCCCCAUGAAUCUGGCUUUCCCGGCCUGGGGGCAUUUGUGUGCACCGAAGACUUGGGAAAGAACAUCAAGGAUGGGAAUUUGCAAAAGAGGGAUGAGAAAAAUAUCUGCUACCUGCAAGGCUUAUGGGGAAGCGCCCUUGGAAGCAUGGCUGCAAACAAGAAAUAUUUAAUAGACUGUCUUAAGGAAAAAUUCCGAAAACUAAGAGAACAUCGGUAUGCAGUAGGUGAAGCAGAUACUGAUUACACUAGUGCACUUCAUCAGGGUGUCCUCCUCCUCCUCCAGAAGCUUCACGCUCAUGCCUCAGCUGGGGAAGACUGCGAGGGAAUCUUCAGGCAGCUGAAGGAAGUCCUGAAAGAGGAGAAUAGCAAGAAUUCCUACCUGAAGUGCUGUGACGUGAGUGAGACCCAGGAUUUGAAGAGCUGGGAAGAAAGAAUGGUGGAGUUCGCUGAACUCAUCCUUAUUUUUGAAAAGGAACUUGGAGAAAAUGUAUGGAGUGUAUGGCAAUUUUUAUGGAAAACCGUGACCUGUAUCUGUUACUGGACAUGGGGGUACACCAACAACUUUCUGUACACAAAUGGUAAGCAAAAUCCAUUUGAAUUGCACGUUCCACAUUUGUUUCUACAUCUGCGGUAUGAAUUUCCCUGUUUUUCAAGGUUCUGUUUUGACAGAGAAUAG